UCCGGGAGAGUUUUAUUGAACUCUGUCCCAAAACAGAUCGGUUUCACUUUGGGAUGAGAAACGAUUAAAUGUCUAAUGUCGUUUAUUGUACCUAUCACGGAAGAAGAUAUAGGGAGAAGAAAUGAGAAAUGCCUGCUUUUAUCAAUGAGUAAUGUAACGAUUAAGUGCCAAGUGCCGAACCAUCCUGAGAGUACCAGACGGACGGUGGCACGUUGUUGCUAAUUAAAGGGAUAACGUCACAUGGGACGAGGAGCAAGAGAGGUUAGCGCAGCAGAAAGUGAACGAGAAUUCCAUUGUUACAAUGUCAUCCGAACAGCUCUUUAAAUAUGAAACUGAAGCGGAUAAAUUUUGGGACAAAUUUUACGGUAUACACAAUAACGGGUUUUUUAAAGACAGGCAUUGGUUGCUGAUUGAGUUUCCGGAGUUAGCGCCCAAUACUGUAAAACAGGACACAAAAAUGCCCAUGAGAGCUGCAUUUACGGUCGAAGAUGAAAGCUAUGGUGACAAACACAUAAAAAUUCUCGAUUUACCGUGUAAAGACAAUUGUAGAAUAUUGGAGAUAGGCUGUGGUGUAGGAAACACUGUAUUUCCUAUACUCAUGUAUAACACAGACCCGAAGCUGUUUGUAUAUUGUUGUGAUUUUUCGGCAAAAGCCAUCGAUAUAUUAAAACAAAAUCCUGCUUAUAAUGUAGAUAGAUGUAAAGCAUUUGUUCUGGACGUAACUCAGGAAACAUGGACGGUUCCUUUUGAGACUGAAAGUCUAGACAUCAUUGUUCUUAUAUUCGUAUUGUCUGCCAUUCAUCCAGACAAGAUGCAACACGUUGUGCGGCAAAUCUAUAUGUACCUUAAACCGGGUGGAAUAAUUUUGUUCCGUGAUUAUGGUAGACACGAUUUAGCACAAUUGAGAUUUAAGAAGGGCAAGUGCCUCGGCGAGAAUUUUUAUGUGCGUGGAGAUGGCACCAGAGUGUACUUUUUUUCACAAGAGGAUAUUAGAAAGUUAUUUACCGAUAACGGCUUCGUCGAGGAACAAAAUUUCGUGGAUAGAAGACUGCAAGUUAAUAGAGGUAAACAGUUAAAAAUGUACAGAGUUAAGGUGCAGGCGAAAUAUCGAAAGCCGUCGUAGAAGCUACAUAACGUAAAUAUCAUUGAAUUUAAAAAAAACGAAGAUUUACAUUAGAAUCGAUAAAUAGAAAAAUUACUAAGAAAUAUAUUUUUAUAUAUUAUUCUCACGUUCUUAGAUAUUUGCUCAAUGUAUAUUAAAAAUUGACUUUCAUAUUAAACACAACUCCCCAAAUCUAA